CGCACGCACGCACGCACGCACGCACGCACUCCGCCUCCGCUACGCACCACCCUCGAUCGCUGAAACCUCGCUUCCUCCUCCUCCUCAUCAUCUCCUCUCCUCUCCUCUCCUCUCCAACGCGCGUGCAGCCUCUCUGAUCUCGCAUUGAGCGCUAGCCCAAAGCGCUACAUUGCUCCCGGCCAUAUCGCCCAGCAUUUGCAAGAACCGCAGCAAGCAAGCAAGCAAGCAAGCAAGCAAGCAAGCAAGCAAGCAAGCAAGCAAGCAAGCAAGCAACCAACUUCAAAGGCUGCGAGCGAGGCGAAAGGGAGCGAGCAUAUCAGGUGACGGUAAGGUAUCGAUUGAACGACUUGCAUCGCCUCACAUCAUACACAGCCACAGCAUCACCCAUCACGUUGUGAUCCCCGCCUUUAUCGUAGAGGUGCACUUUGGAAACUUCAUCAUGACAUCUUCCGAGCUUCCUCCAUUCGCACAAGCCACUGCCGGUUCGCUAGGUAGCGCAGUGAGCGGUAGUAUAGUCUACCCUCUAGAUCUCAUCUCCACGCGCAUACAAACUCGAGGAGCAGGAGCAGGAGCAGGAGCAGGAGCUGCAGCGAACAAGAAUGGUUUCAGCAGACUUGCAGAUGCGUUGCGGGAUGUGGUCGACAAGAAGGGAGUGGCUGGAUUGUAUCAGGGUUGGAGCAGCGAUACGAUCUCCAGCAUGCUCAGCAACUUCUUGUUCUUCUUCUUUCGGUCAUUCCUCAUCGAGCGCGCGCUCGCUUACAAAUCGCGAUCGCGAUCUGCUCCCUCCGCAUCAUCCUCCUCCUCCUCCUCCUCCCCCUCCUCCCAAAAAGCUGCAGCUCCCACCAUCACGUCCUCUCAAGAUCUCGCCAUCGGUUUCCUAGCUGGUGUGGCUAGCAGGUUCUUCACCACACCACUCAGCAACGUGACGGUCAGAUUGCAGACCAGCUCCGAAUCGCCAUCAAACGGCGCUGCGGAUAGCAGGGGCCACAAGCAAAAGCAAGAGAGCGAUAGCGAGAGCGAGGAUGAGGGUAAUUAUGCCGAUGGACCGGGAAUCGUCACCACGUUGAAGGAUAUCGUGGAGGAAAAAGGGGCUCUGGGUCUAUGGUCAGGCUUCGAGACUGCCAUUCUACUAUCUUCUCAACCUGCCAUCACCUUUUACGUCUCCUCUCUCCUCUCCCGAGUCCUCAUCCCGCGUUCAUCUCGCGACAAACCAACGGCAACUCAGGUCUUCUUCGUCAAUGCGCUGGGAAGCACCGCUAGUACCCUCGCUCUGUACCCCUUGAUAUUGAGCAAGAGCAGGUUGAUGUGGAGGAGUCCCAGUGGAAGGAGACAGUAUCGCAACCUGCUCGAUGUGAUCAGAAAGACGGUUCGUAGAUCGGGCGUCAAGGGUCUGUAUCAGGGAUGGGAGAGUCAAAUCACAAAGGGUCUAUUCAACCACGGGCUGACCAUGCUCGUCAAAUCCAGAGUGGAGACGCUAUUCGUGAUGCUCUACAUCCUUUUGAGGAACAGGGCUAGAGCAUCUUCUUCGACGAGUGCCGGCGCUGUCGCGUCCAGGUGAAGACGCGGGGCGGGGGCAACUUUGUUUUUUCCCCUUCUCGGGACUCGGUGCGCGCGCGCGAAGUUGCACGAAGAAUGUUAGUAGAAAGUUCCAAAACCGACAUAGGCCUGGACUGCUUUUCGCUUUUGCUCGCGCCCAUUGAUCUUCUAGCUUGUGAACACGGCCGAAGUGCCAUCUUUGUCGGGGGAUUUGCAGUCCGAUUCAAAUCCAAUCAAGUCACGUCACGUCAUUCUCGUUCGCACGCCUCGUCAGGGCUUUCUUACACAGACUCGCUCAGCACUACAGCCCUGUUUCCUGCCCAAGUCUUUAUCGAAAUCGCGCGGCUGCAAGACGAUGAGGAUGGAGGGGAGUGUGGUAACCCCAUCGAAGCUGCGAGCCCUGACUGGCUGGGAGAUACGGACACCUUGACGAGUGUGUGAG